AUGGCUAGUAGUGCACUUCCAAAACCAAAUUUUCGUUCUGCACUCUGCUAUUAUUACUCAUCAGACAAAUCUGAAUGCUUACAAGAAAUAGUCUCCUCGUACUUACAUCGAUUAGGGCCUCGUCAGCUGCCCACACAGUUCGCUUUGACUGAUAUAUCGUUCAUUCCAUGCAUGCUCGUACCACACGGUGCUUAUUGUGAUUCUGGACCGCUCUAUGCUCAUGCUUAUUUCUGGAUUAAUUCAUUUCUUUUCGAUACAGUGUUAAUCAUCGGAACAAACCAUAGUGGGGCAGGCUCAUCAAAGAUGAGUCUUUCACCAGAUAGUUGGCAAACACCAAUCGGUACUGUAGAUAUUGACAUGGAUUUGUUCCACGCAUUCGUAUCGAUGUUCGGUGAGACAAUCAUCGAUCGCGAAGCACAUAGAAGUGAACAUUCAGUAGAAAAUCAAUUGCCGUUUUUGAAACAUCUACGAUCCGAUGUCAAAUUCGUUGCAUUGUCAUUUUCGAGAUUGAAAGACCUAACUCAAGGUCAUCAAAUAUGUCAGCAAAUCCAACAAGCUAUUCAACUCUAUCGACAACGAACAGGCAAACGAGUAGUUAUCGUUUCUACAACGGAUUAUACACAUUACGGUCCCGGGUACAAUGAUAUUCACGCUAAAAAUUUAUCCGAAAACGAAGAAUAUGCUCGUGUUCAUGACAAACCAAUUCUCCAGUCGAUUUUAUCGAACGAUGCCUCACAAUUAUUCGAAACUCAGCGAACGACUCAAAAUUCCAUGUGUGGUCUAUGGCCAUCAUUAAUCAUCAUGAUUCUGUCUCGACUUUUGAACGAGAACAAAGGACAAUGGAAUCUUCUCUGCUACCACGUUAGCUCAGAAGUGAUAAAACGUGGCAACGAUGUUUGUGGCUUCGCAUCUUUUGUUUAUUCGAAUAACUAA